AAGGGAAGCUACUCUGCGUCACUCCUGUUUUUGACAGUGGAUGCGUUUCGGCCCGAUGGGUACUCGGGUUAUGAACGAAUAUUCUUUCUCUGAUGGAAGGUACACGUCAGUCGACAGGCAGGGUGAAGUAGCUGAUGUCCGAUCAGCUGUAGUAUCUUUCGAUGCACCCAAAAGAAAUGUUAGUCAGAACGACCAGAUACAGAAAGCAGUUGGGUUAAGCAUUGGAUUUUGUAGUAUUUUUGCAGAACAACUUUUGUCCCACCCAUGCAUUGUUCUGCGCAGACAGUGUCAGGUACAUCACAAUGGGUUCUGGUAUCACCUGACACCUUUUACUUUAGCCCAAAUAUUGUUGAAUCUGCAGAGAGCACAGGGUGGCUGGACUCUUUGGAAGGGUAUUGGUGGCGUGUUUGUUGUUAGAGCAGUCAAUAUGGUCAGUGAGACUGUCAUCAGUGAAGUGACUGGCUUUCCGAAGGAUGUAUCUAGACACAUGCCAUUAAGGAAAUAUGGGGAACAUGUUCUUUUAAAAGUCUUGGGUUAUAUUGUGACAACUCCCUUUUAUGCUGCAAGUCUAAUUGAAACUGUACAAAGUGACAUUGCUAGUGAAAAACCAGGGGUCUUAGACACACUGCGUGAAGGAGUAUCCAGGCUAGCUGGCUGGGGUACUCCUCACUCAGGUCGCUUGAUUCCUGUCUGGCAGCUGGUUGGACCCACAGUAGCAUUGCGCCUCUCUCACUACUUUAUAUCGUCGAUUGCCAACUAUACAGUGACCUCCACAGUCCGCUCUGAGCAACAGGAGAGAAGGGAUCUACCAGGAGACACACAACAGCUAACAGCUUAUGAACAGUACUUCCCAGAGCUGUUAGCAACUUUCACUGGAAACUUUCUGGCUGACUUCGUGCUCUAUCCUCUUGAGACUGUGGUAUAUCGCCUCUACAUCCAGGGCACUCGGACAAUUAUUGACAACCUGGACACAGGACUUGGUGUGAUCCCAAUAUCAACCCGCUAUGAGGGGUUUGUGGAUUGUUUCCGAUGCAUCCUUGCAGAAGAAGGCAUUCCAGGCUUUUAUCGUGGCUUUGGAGCUCUUAUUCUACAAUAUAUGAUGCAUGCUAUCUUACUGCGUGCUGCCAAAUAUCUCUUUGAGCGCCUGUCACAAGAAUUUGGAUCAACACCAACACGCCAUCCCAGGCCAGCAAGCUUACCUUCGCCACCCAGUCCAGGCCUGUACACACGCUUACCCAGCUCUGUUUAUGAAAAAGAUGCUGCCCGACCCUUGUGAGUCUUUCCUUCAGCAUCAAAAAAGUAUUCAUGCAGGCCACAUGACGCAGCUGUGGAGACCCAAGGAUAUCAAAAUGAAAUCUUUGGUGGAAUACUUUUCUGAUCACAGGAUUUUGUGUUUCAUCAGUGAUCAGAAAAAUCCAGCACCAUAUGUGAUCAGAAUGAUAGUUUGAUUGGUGUAUGUCAUGAACAGCAAUUGUACAAAUGAGUGAAAAAAGUAAAGAGAUGUUUAGAUAUAUGCUUGUGAUUAUGUUGCAAAUGUAAUAGGGGUCUUGUUAAUUACUUUGUAUUUGAAAUUCAUUCUAAGGGAAGAUAUGAAAUUUUCCAUUAUUUAAAUUGUUUGUGUGUCUCCAUUGAAAGUUAAAUGGUGGUGCAACUUCUUAUAACUGAAAAUAUAUGGAGUUUUAUUUUCAAAUUAUGGUUUUCUAAUUACAAAUUGUAGAAAAAAAUCAAAAAGCAGAUCACUUAUAGUCAUGUUGGUUCUCAUUUGUGAUUUGUGAUGUGAUGAAAAACUGUAUUUACUUGCCCAUCUGUAAAUAGGUGCUGAUGAUAAGUCAAUGUCAGUAUCUGGUAGUAUCGUUGAGUGGACACUACAAUGUGUCUUAAUGGAAUUUUUAAACCUUGGAAAAAUCUUUUUGUUUAUUGCCUACAUCCAUCUCUUUUGAGUUCAUGCUGCACUUUUUGUUACUUGAAGUUCUUCUGAGGCAGACUUUAAUAAAGGGUGUUGGUUAUCAUACCAGAAUUUUUGCUGUGAUUCUGUUAGCAAACUCCGAAUAUCAGGUCAACACUUGAGAGUCAUCAAAGAUGAACAUCAUGGGGUUGUUUUCAUUACAACAAAAAUACACUCGGAUUUUUAAUGUCAUUCAACAGGGAAAAUCCUGUACUGUAUGUUGAGUGUAAUACCAGGGCUGGGGUUCUGUGAUUUGUGAUAAAACAAGGAUAUUAUUUGUGAAAGAAGCAAUAAAAGCUAAAAAUAUCAA